AUGGCGUUCAUGAGCGAAGAUAAACCGUCCAGCAACAUCCAUGGCGUGGUGGACACGCUAGGUCUCAAGGCGACCGAGGGCCACCAGGAUGUCCAGGAGGGAUUAAUGGCCGAUAACGCCGACAAUCUCCAGCGUCACUUGGGGAACCGCCAAAUUCAACUAAUUGCCAUUGGAGGAUCCAUUGGAACUGCCCUAUUUGUGAGUAUCGGAACGGGCUUGUACCAUGGUGGUCCUGGUAGUUUGUUCCUCGCCUACAGCAUCCAGUGCAUUUUCUUGGCCAUGGUCAACAACUGCCUCGCCGAGAUGACCACCACCUUCCCCGUGAGUGGUGGUUUUAUUCGAUUGGCCGGAAAAUGGGUUGAUGAUGCCCUCGGUUUCAUGGUGGGCUGGAAUUUCUUCUUUUAUGAGGCUCUUUUGAUUCCAUUCGAAAUUUCCGCUUUCACUCUGGUCGUGUCCUUUUGGUCAGAUAAAGUGACUGAACCUGGUCCCGUGGCUGGCAUUUGCGCUGCGAUCAUCAUCUGUUAUGGUGUCCUCAAUGUGAUGGCCGUCAAAGCUUAUGGUGAAGCUGAAUUUUGGCUUUCUGGGGGCAAGGUGAUCUUAAUUUUCGCCCUGUUCUUCUUCACCUUCAUCACCAUGGUUGGCGGCAACCCAGCCCAUGAUGUAUACGGCUUCCGCCACUGGAACAAUCCUGGCUCCUUCAUGGAGUAUCUCAAUGUUGGCACCUUGGGUCGCUUUGAAGGGUUUUUAGGAGCUCUGUGGUCAGCCGCGUUUACUGUCGUCGGCCCGGAGUAUAUUUCGAUGGUCGCGGCUGAAGCCAAGCGCCCUCGACUGUAUAUCAAAGCGGCGUUCAAGACAGUCUACCUCCGCUUCGGUCUGUUCUUCAUGGGUGGAGCUCUUGCUGUUGGGAUUGUCUGCUCUUGUAGGGAUCCUCAAUUAGCGGCCGUCAUUUCCGGUGAAAAGUCUGGUUCAACUGCUGCGGCAUCGCCUUAUGUUAUAGGCAUGCGAAAUCUUGGCGUCUCCAUUUUCCCAUCUAUUAUCAACGCUCUACUAUUGACUUCCAUUUUCUCUGCCGGUAAUACGUAUACCUACUGCGCUAUCAGAACCCUUUACAGUUUAGCGCUCGAGGGUCGAGCACCUAGAAUUCUUACCCACACUACACGCAACGGUGUCCCGAUAUACUGUUUUAUUAUUGUGAUGAUCUUCCCGAUGCUAUCGUUCCUGCAAUGUUCUAGCAGCUCUGCCACUGUCAUCACGUGGUUCUCAGAACUUGUUACUGCUGGAGGUCUUAUCAACUACAUCACGAUCUGUAUCACCUUCAUCUGCUACCACCGCGCCUGUAAAGUGCAGGGUGUGGAUCGCAGAAGCUUCGCAUACUUCGGUCGCUUCCAGCCUUACUCUGCCUACUUGGCGCUGGUUUGGAUGUUUCUCGUCACACUUUUCUACGGAUACCCCGCCUUUAAACCAUGGUCAGUGUCUGACUUCUGGGCAAACUAUACCAUGCAAAUCGUCAUCCCUAUUCUCUUCAUUCUGUGGAAAAUUUUCAAGCGGACCAAGUUUGUCCGACCUCAUGAGGUUGAUUUGGUCUGGGAAAGACCUUUGAUUGAUGCGUAUGAAGCGAGUUUCAUAGAUCCUCCGCUGGGUUUCUGGAGGGAAGUGGGCCAAGUCUUCGGUAUUCGACGAAUCAAAGGUGGUAAUGACCAUCGCCGACACUCGAUUACUCUUCCUUCAAGUAGAACCGAGGGUACAGAGGAAGGAGUGGUGGCAUAG